AUGUCCUCCACGCACACCAUUGGUGGGUGUGCCGCGUUUUCGCAUCAUCACGCACCAAUCACCACCCUGCCGCCAAGGCUUUAUACUCUCGCUGGAUGCGGAGAGGGGCUUUCUGCUCCAGAGGAGAAUCGGGGUAAGCUAUUCCACGCCGCCUGUCGAGAGCAUUUUGACGAGAAUCACGAGCAGGAUUUCUUGGAUCUGUGGAACCAUGGCUUCAGCACUUUUUCCCCCGAUCAUGAUGACCACCAAAGGGAUAGAAAGAAACGCGUGGUGGAAGGAUGUUUCUCUGCCGCGCUAUUGGUGCGCUUCAAGGUCGCGUUGUUUGAUUGGCUACCGCGAGCUGGGAUUGGGUUUAUCCGUUUCUUGAGGCACCGAGAGUUCGGUCAGCUGUGCCCAUUCCGGGAUAAGAUAAACAGUAGGUACGGCGGUGAAGUUGCCUCUUGGCAUUCGCUUGACACUGAACAUCUUAGAAUAUUAGUUGACAAUGUCAGCACAUCGCACAUACACGAGCCUGAAAGGAAUGGUAGAUUAGCAGCAGAGUACCGUGCCAUCAGAAUUGAAGUUGAAUUGCGGGAGAUUAGGUGGACUUGUGGAGUCGUAAAUACAGCCAAAGCUAUGAUCGCUCUCCAUCCUGUUAGGCUCGUCGUCCUUGGUGGCUUCAGCAACAUCUUCCUUACGAGCAUCAUUGCAUACAUCCUCCUCUUAGAUAUUCCUUGGUGGAAUGUUAUAAUGGUGCAGGGUGGUGCUCGGUAG